ACGGCGGCUAACAACAACACCUUGAAACCAAACAGUACCGUUUUGCUCAACACAAACAUCAACGCCACGGCGCUAGACACCUUCACCGGGACUCUGACCCAAUUCUCCAGUGACUCCCAGUUGAACUGGAUGGAGAAGCUGUGGGCGGCUUAUUACCUGUAUAUGAACAACGACAUCAUGGCGACUGGGUUGCUGUUCUUCACUCUCCACGAGGCGAUGUACUUUGGCCGUUGUUUGCCAUGGUACAUUGUUGAUUGUAUCCCAUAUUUCAGAAAGUGGAAGAUCCAACCUACAAAGAUCCCAACAAACCAGGAACAGUGGGAGUGUUUGAAGUCCGUGUUGAUCUCCCAUUUCCUCGUUGAGGCGUUCCCAAUCUGGUUUUUCCACCCAAUCUGCAACAUGAUUGGAAUUGCUUACUCCGUCCCAUUCCCAACAUGGCAAUCAAUUGGUUUGCAAAUUGCCAUCUUCUUUGUACUAGAGGAUGCAUGGCACUAUGCGUUCCACAGAUUGUUCCACUACGGACCUUUCUACAAGUACAUCCACAAGCAGCACCACCGUUACGCCGCACCAUUUGGACUUACUGCGGAAUACGCGCACCCAGUUGAAGUCAUGGCGCUUGGAUUUGGUACUGUUGGUAUUCCAAUCGUCUGGGUAAGCGUUACAAAGGACCUCCACCUCUUCACAGUCUGCGUAUGGAUCACCCUCAGAUUGUUCCAAGCCGUGGAUGCCCAUUCCGGUUACGAAUUCCCUUGGUCAUUGCACCAUUUCUUGCCAUUCUGGGCAGGUGCCGACCACCACGACUUGCACCACCAUUACUUCAUUGGUAACUAUGCCUCGUCAUUCAGAUGGUGGGACUUCUCCUUGGACACAGAGGCUGGUCCAGAUGCGAAGGCCGAGAGAGAAGAGAGAAUGAGAUUGAAAGCCGAGAAGAAGCAGAAAAAGCAAAUAUAAACCAUCCGUCAUUACAUAAUAAUAAUAAACACAUAUAGUCGUACAACUACCUCAGCAG